UAUUCGAUCUAAAAUUCACAGAAAGAAAAAUUAUAUUGCCACUUGUGAAACAAUUCGUGAAUUAUUUUGAUUAUCGGUUAUCAUGCGACGAAAGUUCAAAUAAAUAAAUUUUUUAUUUAUAAUCAAUGAAAUUAAUGAAAUAUUAGAAGAAAAUUUUAAUAAUCUCUUGAAUUUAUAUGAACUUAACAAAUUAUUAGCAGUUAUAUAAGAAAAUUACCGCGCAGCAUUUGGAAGAUUUACAACUGAAAAUAGUUUGAAAAACCUUCGAUAGGUGGCGAAUGGUUGCGAAAUUGUUUCCUAUCUAAAGAGUUGAAUUUAAAAUGCUAAGUUCCAAUAAAAGAAAAAUUUUGUUACUUCUCUCAGGGUGUAUCUUAUUUUGAUUUAAUUUGUAUAAACGACUAAAAUUAUUUUGCUAUAAUCGACUUAAACUUUUUUUUAAGUUUUUUACAUAAUCGAAUGAAAACUAAUUUGAAUUAUUUUAACUUUAUUCUUAAUGAUUAUAUAUAUCUUGAUAUGGACAUAUCAACUCUGAUCAGAACAUAUCAAGUCUGAUAUGGCCAAUUUCUAUAUCAGGCCUGAUAUGGACGUCUCAUACCAGGCCAUAUCAGGUCUGGUUAGAAUAUUUUUUCACGGGUAGUAAUACAUAAAUAUUUAGCUUAUACUUGAUAAAUAGUUAGCAACGCCACCGCAUAGGUGACGCCUCCUCAUUAUCAUUAUCGACUUCCUCGUAUAUUUGACCAAUCACUAGCUAUUUAAAUGAUAACAAGUUUCAUAUACUAAAUGAUUGCAUGCUCACAGUGAAUCCUAAUGAGCCCAUUUCGGCACAAGUUUCCUCAGAAACGGACAAAUUUAUUAAGACACUGACCGUGAACUUGACCUUUUGCGUUCUGAGAACUAGCGAAGCGAAUAACAAUAACAUACAGAUGGUUGGAUUCCAAAAAAUUAGUCAGGUUACUAAUGACGUGGUCUUCCAACGUUCACACGUGAGUAGUGAGUAUAUAAGACAGUUGGGAAGCUUGACCCAUUUAGUUUACAGUCGACAGUCAGUCAGUAAGGAAUCUUCUUGAUCAAAAGGAACUUUGAAAGUGUUUUUGACUUCACAUUAUUUCAGUUGUACCCGUUACGUAAUUUAUUUACCGACUGCCAGCAAUUCAAAUUAGUGUGCGUAGUCAGUCGCAUUCUGCAACCCGUCGAAAUCAGUCUCGUACUUCAUUAAAGAAUAAAACUUGCUAUCCUAUAAAGAUGGUGAACUUUUACAUUUUCCUGAAAGAUUAUUCGGGUUCUGCGAAAAAAGACCAGAGAUAUCAUGGAGACCAUACCAAAGAACUUGUAAAAAGAUUCAAAAGUGAUAUAGAGAAAAUUCAAGAGUCAGCUAAGGAAGAUGCGGAAUCUAAAAUAAUUUAUAUUACUUGGGAGACUUAUUGUUACACUGUCAAAGAGGAAGAAAUUUACUCUGAAAACAGUGGAUGGAAAUUGAAUGGAAUGGGAGGACGUCUGGAAGAAGCUAUCAGUUUGAUACAGAAGAUUUUCGGCCAGCCCGAGAAGAAUACAAUCAAGUUGUUGUACCUAAUGACAAAAAAUAAGAUCAGCAGGGUAAAUAUCGCGACUAGUUUUGCAAUGAAUGAGGGCAUAAACUACGAAAAUUUUGUUUUCCACGCGUUCAAUGAUGAUGAAAGUCCAAUAGAUCUUUCGAUAGCUUCAUCAUUUUUGAAGAAACGUUGUGCCAUUUACAAAAACUUGCAGCUGAUUGAUGACGUCGAUAUUUCCAAAGAAUUCGACUACGACAAAAUCAAGGUAAACAAUUUUUUAAUUGAAAAGGAUCAGUUGCAAUCUUACAUCAAAUUGAAGUUCAUCAAUAAGUUUAAGCACUACACUGUUGUUCUCAAGGAACUUAACAAGCUUAAGAAGUUGCGGUCGCGGCUCUCUGUAGAGUCACAGCAAAGAAUAGGUUUGAGGGGUGAAAUUUUCAAAGUUAUGACUGCUUUGAUCAAUUAUGUUGCUAGUGAGGAAAAUGAUUACUCGUUUAAUGCUUUGAAGAUUCAAGUGGAACUUGAUGGUUCUGUUAAUGAGACUGAAGAAGAGCUGGAAGAAGAUAUGGAAGUUGAUCCUGUUCUGGAAGAUAACAGCGAAGACCGUAAUAUGAUUCGAAAGAAGUUUGAUUUGGUAGAGAAUCUUAUUUUUCAGAGAGCCAAGAAAUUGGUUCAAGUCUAACUACCAAUUUUAGAAAAUUUUAAUUAUUAUUAUUUUGAUAUUACCAGGUUAAAUUUUAAAUAUAAUUUGUGGAAAAUUAAGACUCAAAAAAUGUAAUUUUUGGUAGAAGUAAGUUAAUAUGAUCGUAGAUCUUUUAUUAAAUUUUGUUAUUGUUAUUAAUGUUUAAGCUCUGAAGUGUAAUUAAUGUGACAAUUUUUUAUUUCAUAAUUAAGUUAUUGAUUAUUUUUCUUUGUAGAAGAGUUUGUUAAGUACCCAUUUUAUUGUAAUUAAGUGUAUGAAAAAGCCUUAAAAUAAAUUUUAUAUUUUAAAAAUUAAACCGUGUUUGAUUUUUGUUUACAAUAUUUGUUUAAAUGAUACAAAAAUAACAAUGAGUAAGCUUUUCUUAUCAAAACAUGUUUGUUUGUUGAUCGUGACCAUGAUAU